GCGAAUGAGUUUCAAUUUUACUGGAUUACAGAACAAAGAGAGGGGAAAGGGGACACACUCCGGUGUUAAAGAAAAACAGAAAGAAAAAAACGGGGAAAAUUGAUCAAAUAAAUCACGUCGAUACAAUUUCAACAUACUAGCGACGCGAGGCACAUGCUCGAGAUUAUGAGAUUGAUCAAAGUCGCUAUCGCUUUUCUUUAGAUGGGAAUUCAGACCUCACUGUUGGAUUAAACGGAGAAUAAACCUAUUCCGGGAUUGACAGCAUAAGGUAAUUAAACUAAAGACGGGAUAAUUGAAGAAUGGCACAGAUACGAAAGCUGGGCUGUGAUGGGAUCAGGACAAACUCUCGACCAGAGAUCAAAGUUCCACAAGUAUCAGCCAGACAAGAGAUCCUCACCAGCCUUGUGUCUGCUCUGGACUCUGUGUGCUCUGCCAUGUCUAAACUGAAUGCUGAGGUGGCCUGUGUCACGGUGCAUGAGGACAGUGUCAUUGCCGUGGGAACAGAGAAGGGAAGAAUCUUCCUUAACUCCAGAAAGGAAAUCCAGACAGACUUCCACAAGUUCUGCAAAGUGUCCUGUCGGCAAGCGUUGACCUCUGUGAACUCCCACGCCAAAGUUCCUGAUGUUGACUGCAACAGGACUGGCAAAGACUGCGGGCAGCAGGGCAGACAGAGAGCCUUAACAGACACUCACUCCAACAUCUUCGUCCUGAGGAAGAUGGUGGAGGAGGUGUUCAGCGUGCUUUAUAGUGAGGCUGUUGGGAAGAGCAGCCUGGUCCCUGUGCCUUAUGAAUGGAUUCUCAAAGAUCCUAGCUCAGUGGUUGUGUACGGCCUGCCUGAUGGUGUAACUUUGAGAAAGCCUUCUGAAUAUGACACCAAGACCUUAAUGAAGAUCUUAGAACAGAGCAAUCGAAUCCGCUUCAUAGUCAAAAGAACACCAGAGGAACCCUUACGGGAUGCCAAAUCCUGUCCAGAAGUCAACCAUCAUUCUUUAACCUCAAAGAGUGCAAGCAACCAUGCCUCUGUCAAACCCACCAUGCAGGAAGUGUCUGCUUGCAACUCCGUGCUCUCCAGCUUCCUGUACGGCAUGCCCAUGUCCUCCCAGCCCCACCCAGACAGCAAGCUGGACCUAAAGCCCACAUCCCUACACAGUUUAGGUAAAGAGCGACUGGGCAUGUGGGCGUCUUCUGAUGAGAAAGCAGUGCAGGCCAAGGAAUGUGCGGACAAUGGCGAUCGAAUAGGGCUGGCAGGGGAUCUCGCCCAAAGCCCAACCAGCAUCCAUGUCUCCAAGCGCCUUCUGUUCUCCAUAGUGCAUGAAAAAUCAGAAAAAUGGGACUCGUUCAUCAGGGAGACCGAGGAUAUCAACACCCUUCGAGAGUGUGUUCAGAUCCUCUUCAACAGCAGAUAUGCUGAGGCAUUAGGCCUGGAUCACAUGGUUCCUGUGCCAUACCGGAAGAUCGCCUGUGAUCCGGAAGCAGUCGAGAUCAUUGGAAUUCCAGACAAGAUUCCCUUCAAGAGGCCAUGUACUUAUGGAGUGCCUAAACUUAAACAGAUCCUGGAGGAUAGGCAUGCAGUCCGAUUUGUUGUCAAAAGAAUGUUUGAUGAACGCAUUUUUACAGCUGCUGGUAAUGUUGCUAAGGAGGAAGGCAAACAGGUUGGUGCCACCACUGAGGACGGUUUGCCAGAUGGACUCAGGGUGCCAAGCUCUUCCCUAGAGCUGGUCAGCAACACCCACAGUAGCAGAUCGACUAGCUCCUGUGUCAGUCCUUUGGCUGAGUGUGAAGCAGGGCCAUCUGGGGACUGUCUAACCUUGAAAAAGAUCAAAACUGAACCCUCAGAUGGUGAAAUCAUCCAGGUGACAGUGCCAGAGUCCAGUGCUGCUACAGAGGAGCCAAGUGAGCCUCCAGCUGAGCGGGUGACACCUGACCUCUGCCGUCCUUUGGAGCCUGUAGCAGAAGAUUUGGCACCAAAGUCUACACCGCAAGGGCUCAAGAGAGCUGUUGAAGAAGAUAUCGGAGAGAUGAUCCUUCAACUGAGAAAGCAAGUGGAUAAUCUUUUCAGCUCCAAGUACAGUGAGGCUCUUGGUCUGCCUGAGCCUGCUAAAGUGCCAUACUCCAAGUUUCAGAUAUAUCCAGAUGAUCUGUAUGUCACAGGGUUACCUGAUGGGAUGACAUUUCGAAGACCAAACUGUUUUGGGGCAGUUAAACUCCGGAAGAUUCUUGCUGCUAGUAGUCAGAUUAAGUUUUUCAUAAAGAGGCCAGAAUUGUUAACAGAACAGGUCAAACAUGAGGCUCUCUCUAAAUCACCCUCUGAUUCAGUAGAGACUGACUCCAAAGAUCAGUUAGAUGACCCUGGUCCAGCCUCCAAGAGACCAGGAUUCUCAGACACGUUAGAGGCCAAGCUCUCUCGUAUCGACUUGGCGAACACGCUGCGCGAGCAAGUCCAAGACCUGUUCAACAGUAAAUACGGUGAGGCACUGGGCAUUAAGUAUCCUGUGCAAGUGCCUUACAAGAGGAUCAAGAGUAACCCUGGCUCAGUGAUUAUCGAGGGCUUGCCCCCUGGCAUCCCCUUCAGAAAGCCCUGCACCUUCGGCUCACAGAAUUUGGAGAGGAUAUUAGCUGUUGCAGACAAGAUCUCUUUCAGCAUUACAAGGCCAUUCCAAGGGCUUAUUCCCAAGCCAGCACCACGAAGAAUAACCAUAAUGAAGAAAGGUUACACCUCGAUAAGUGAAGAAGACGAGGUCAACCGAAUGGGAGAGAAAGUGAUAUUAAGGGAACAAGUUAAAGAACUCUUCAAUAAGAAAUAUGGUGAAGCCCUGGGUCUGGACCGGUCAGUCAUUGUUCCGUACAAGUUAAUCCGUGCCAAUCCAGGCUCAUUGGAAGUGUCUGGACUUCCCGAUGACAUCCCCUUCAGGAAUCCUAAUACUUAUGACAUAGUUCGGUUGGAAAAAAUCCUGCAGGUCCAAGAUGAAAUCAUCUUCAAUAUAAAAACCCCACUACAGCCUUUUACAGAAUUGUAUAGUCGAUCUUGUAAUACAGAGGGUAAAGAAGUGUCCACCAAUCGACGUAAACGUAAACGAGUACUUGACAACAGUCGAGCGUCUGUGCCCACUGGAGCAGACUCAGCACUAUCAACCAAUCAAAUACCUGUCAUGCAAUGGCCCAUGUACAUGGUGGACUAUAGCGGAGUGAAUGUCCAAGUACCUGGCAAAGUCAAAUACUAGUGAACUGUCUGAUGCCAUUUUGAGGACUUGCAACAUUAAGGGACCUUUUUUUAAACCUGACAUUACUGAAUGCUAAAUUCAGCUAUCUCCAGUUUUGUGGCUGAUCCUGCGACCCACAUAGGAGACACGUUUGUGUGCUGGCAGAUAUUAGAGUGUGUGUACUGUAGGAUGCAGUUGUUUCCAAAUGAAAUGCUAAUGAGGGGAAAAACCCAGCAGCAAAUCAGACAUUUUGUCUGUGCUUUAUAACUUAAAGAGAUUGUUUGGAGUGGCCAUAAUUUGCAUAUCAGAUAAACUAUAUUGCUUUGCCACCAGGAUUUCUCCUAGAAAGUCCUGGACACAAUCGUGGUUUAAUAACCAUCUCUUAAAGAGCAGUAGGAAUGUGAUUAGGGAUUUGACUUGUCCCAAAAACAACCGAUCGCUCUUGAAGUUCACAGCCUUGUUUGGUGCCGAGAGCUCGUAUGUGCAUACUGUAUACGACUCUUAUAGUAAACUGGGUCUCACGCCUUGCAAAUGUUUGUAUUGUUAUUUAUUUAUUUAUUUAAAUAAUAAAAAACUUGUAUAUGCAGGAAAUGUAAAAUACCACAUUCAGUAUGCAGCAUAAAAUACUGAAUGACAUGACUAAUGAUGCUCAACACAACUAGCUACUGAUGCAUUCAGAGAGAAACUUGAGCUUCAGGUUUGAGUAUCUCAAGUUGGAGUAUCCUAACAUGAAAGCACUACCUUAUAACCAAUCGAGAGACAUUUUUGUAUUAUUUUAGCUUUGUAACUUACUCCUACAUUCGUUAAACAUAAAUGUUGUGAGAUAUUUCACAGGGAAAACAUCUUGAAUGUAUUGUUUGUAAAGGAAAGACUGCUAUAAUGUUAUUGUGUAAUGACUGUCUCUGGAAUCACCAGUAUUUAUAUGCUGUACCUUAAUGCCAUUCUGGCCUUUCAAAUAAAAUGUGUUGC